AUACGGAAAAACAUUAUGCACUCUUGUACGUACUUCCUCAAACAUCGAACAGAACAAAGUCAUUUGAUUUUUCUUCUAUUACAGACUUUAAGAAAUACAGAAAAUAGUGAUUGGAAAUAUCUAACGAUGGAAAAGAGAUUUUAUCGAUUUCUUAUUGCUAUAAUGCUUAUGGCAAGUAUGUCUUUCAACUGUCAAGCAUUACUGGAAUCUCCUGUGAAGAAGAAAAAUGUGCUUAAUAUAAGACUUAAGGAACAAUGUCAGGACCUCGUAAAAGAUUCCGUGACCGAAGACAUUUUAAAGAUCAGAAAAGAACUCAAGAAAAACUUAGAGGACCUACGACUCGAUGUGAUGCGGCGAGAUGUGGAACUGUAUGAAGAAAUAUAUAAUGUACACGAAAAUUUGACCGGAAAUGAUACCACAAAAGAAAAGCAGACGACAAGCCUAGAUGAUGGAGAAAGAACAGUUUGGUUAAAGAAAUUCGAAUACUUAGAGGCAGGAAUAAAAAAGGCGUCCCAAGAAAGUAUGAACAAUGCUGAUACACUCCAAGAAAAUUUGGAGAGAUUAGACAGAGAGAACAGGAAAAUAUCAUCUCGGAUGGAGACAUUGGAAAUUACUCUUAUGAAAGUGGCAUCGCAAUCAUCAUUCAACCUGAAUGAUUCGGAAGGACUGAUUUUCACAAACUACCUGCGAAAACUCCACCGUGUAGACGAUAGACUAAACGAUAUUAAUGAUACAAUGCAGGAUGUUGGUAACUCAACUACAGAUAUGCAGAAGGCCAUGGGGACCUUUCAAUCAGAAGUAAUGUCGCUAAAAAGCUCUGUUAACGCGCUCAGCCGUCAUAUUAAUUCAACUUUAGAUGAUACGACCAGAGCAAUAGAAGAUCUUUCAAACUUGAGCGAGAAUGUUCAGCUUAACAGGACCAAGGUUUUAAAUGAAAAUGAACAAUAUUUUUCAAAAGAGUUAUUGAAAUUGAUGAGGAUUGUCUCUGAAGUAAGCAACCUGAGUAAUUCGAAUUUAAAUUCUCUUCAGGACCUUUCAUCUCAAGAAAAACAAUUCGAGGUGCAAGUAAAUCACUCAAAACAAGAUCUUAAGAAUGAAAUGACAGUCAGAAAAAACCAGUUCAAUAUUACAGUAACUUUUUUGGAAGAUCUGAAGGAUAAGCAAUUAGAAAUAUCAGAUGAUUUAAUGAAUAUCAACUUGAGGAUUUCUAUUUCUGAUGCUUGGAAUGUCACAAAAGAAGAACUAGGAAUUCUGAACAAUUCUUUCUAUGAAAAGUUGACUGAAUUUAACACGCAAGUUCAGUUAGUUUUCAAGGAGAAUUCAAUUCAGAGUGAGCAACUAAACAGCAUAACAGCCAGUGUGAACGAUCUUCGACGUAAAAUACAUGUACAUUAUAAUGUGUAUGUUCGGUUGGUUGGAGGAACUUCCGCUAGCGAGGGACGAGUAGAAGUUUACCACUAUAAAUGGGGCACGAUCUGUGAUGAUAACUGGGACAACUCUGACGCUAGAGUUGUUUGUAGAAUGCUGGGAUACUCGGGAUCUUACACUGCCUACGGAAGCGCUCAUUAUGGAGAAGGAACAGGACAGAUCUGGUUGGACGAUGUCAGCUGCUCAGGAUCAGAGUCCUCACUAAUUCAAUGUAUUCACCCGGAGUGGGGGGUUCACAACUGUCGUCAUCACGAAGACGCAUCCGUCAAGUGCACUUAGACACCAAGAAGAUCUUUGGAUUUUUUACAACGAAUGGGGGAAAGUUUAUAUUUCA